AUGGACAGUGUACCAACGGAACAGGAGGCGAUCAAGUUAGCAAAGGAAAUACGACACAUCCAUAGCCAAGGCGGAUUUCACAAUAGAAAUUGGGUCUCAAACUCAACCGCAGUUCUAAAAGCACUACAAUCAACACCAACAGAAGAACUAAGCAUGAACUUGAAUGUUGAGCUGAGCACAGAAAAAGUGCUUGGAAUGUGGUGGUGCACUCCUCUGGAUAGCCUUACUUUUAAGAUCACCUCAGAUCGAAAUCAAAGACAAAUUCUCUUUGAUUCUAAGCGCCCAACUAAGCGUGAAGUGCUAAGGGUGAUGAUGACAAUAUUCGAUCCCCUUGGCCUCAUAGCAUGCCUUCUCAUGUAUGUCAAGAUCCUGGUGCAAGAAAUCUGGCGCUCUAAAAUCGAUUGGGACGACGAAAUUAAGGAUGAGGAGUACCACAAAUGGCUUAAAUGGACAUAUCAUCUUUCCAAGAUUGAAGAGCUACGUAUUCCCAGAUGUUAUGUCUCAUCCGAUUGGGGGUCUGAAAUUCAACUGCACAUCUUUGUUGACGCAAGCGAAAACGGUUUUGCGGCUGUGGCUUACAUUAGAAAUUUGAAGAACGAACUGACGGAGACAGCACUCAUAGGAGCAAAAACUCGGGUCGCCCCUCUUAAAGCACUUACAAUUCCGCGACUGGAGUUACAGGCGGCACUUCUCGGAGCACGCUUUGCUAAAAGUAUUAUAGACUCGCACGGAAUCACUUUCAAGAGUCGAUAUUUCUGGUCAGACUCCAAGACUGUUCUCUGUUGGCUCCGUUCGGACCACCGAAGAUACCGACAGUACGUUGCAUUCAGGGUGAGUGAGAUUUUGGAGCUCACUGAUGUAACAGAAUGGAGAUGGAUUCCCACACACAUGAAUGUCGCCGAUGAAGCCACGAAAUGGCAAAGGCCGCCGGAACUCAAAUCAACCAGUAGAUGGUUCAACGGACCAACUUUCUUGAAAUCAACCAUAGACGAGUGGCCACAAGAGGUGAUUGUGGGCUCUACAAUCGAAGAGUUGAAAACACAUUUCGUAUCAGUUCACAAUAUUGGCCAAGAAAACAUCUUUCGGUCACACGAAAUAUCCACCUGGCGAAAAUUGCUGAGGAGUACCGCGUAUGCCCUGCGUUUUGUUAACAAUACAUCAACCAGAAGGAAUAAAACACUCAAAGUGAGCGGCCCCCUAUUAAGAAGCGAACUACAGUCAGCCGAAAAUGCAUUGGUGAGAGAGGCUCAAAAAUGUGUAUACGCCGAAGAAAUUGCAGAUCUAACAAUGAACCGUGGUGUUGAACGAAGUAGCCCACUUUUUAACCUUAACCCAUUUUUGGAUGAAAACCAUAUUAUACGAGCUAACGCAUUUCUCUAA